CCGGUCCGCCCUCCACCUCCUUCCCCGCACGCAGCCCUCCCUUCCCACGCCCCAGUGCGCUGUGGGAUAGUGCCACUAUAAAGUAUAUCCUCUCUCGGAGGAAGAUAAGAAGCCCGAGACUGGAGGGGGAUGAAGAUGGCGGACGCCAAGCAGAAGAGGAAUGAGCAGCUGAAGCGGUGGCUGGGCUCCGAGACGGACCUGGAGCCGCCGAUUCUGAAGAAGAAGAAGACGAAGGUGAAGUUCGACGAUGGCGCCGUGUUCCUGGCCGCCUGCUCCAGCGGCGACACGGAGGAGGUGCUGCGAAUGCUCGACCGCGGCGCCGACAUCAACUACGCCAACGUCGACGGGCUCACCGCCCUCCACCAGGCUUGCAUCGAUGACAACCCGGACAUGGUGACGUUCCUGGUGACACAAGGGGCCAGCAUCAACCAACCCGACAACGAGGGCUGGAUCCCCCUCCACGCCGCCGCCUCCUGCGGGUACCUGGGCAUCGCAGAGUACCUCAUCAGCCAGGGGGCCAGCGUGGGCGUGGUCAACAGCGAGGGCGAGACGCCGCUGGACAUCGCAGAGGAGGAAGCCAUGAAAGAGCUCCUGCAGAACGAAAUCAACCGGCAAGGCGUGGACAUCGAGGCGGCCCGCAAGGAGGAGGAGCGCGUCAUGCUGCGCGACGCCCGCCAGUGGGUCAACAGCGGCCAGAUCCAGGACAUCCGCCAUGCCAAGUCUGGAGGAACGGCGCUGCACGUGGCCGCCGCCAAGGGCUACGUGGAGGUUUUAAAGCUUUUAAUCCAAGCAGGGUAUGAUGUCAAUAUUAAAGACUACGACGACUGGACUCCUCUCCACGCGGCGGCACACUGGGGCAAAGAGGAGGCCUGCCGGAUACUCGUGGAGAACCUUUGCGACAUGGACGUCAUCAAUAAAAUGGGACAGACGCCGUUUGAUGUCUCGGACGAAGACGUUCUAGGCUACCUUGAAGAGUUGCAAAAGAAACAAAAUCUGCUGAUGAGCGAGAAGAAAGACAUCAAAAAGUCUCCUCUGAUUGAAACCACCACCACGGGGGACAACAACCAAUCGCUGAAAUCGCUCAAGAGCAAAGAAAGGCUUCUACUGGAGUCGGAGAAGAGCGCCCCGCGGAUCGAGGCGCUGGAGCCCGAGAAGGCGGACGAGGAGGACGAGGAAGAGGAGGGCAAGAAAGACGAGUCCAGCUGCUCCAGCGAAGAGGAGGAGGAGGAAGAUUCCGAGUCGGAGAACGAAGCGGACAAGAGCAAACCUUCGGCAUCGGUGGGCAACAGCACGACGCCCGUCCCGACCGCCAUCGGUGUGUCCUCCCCGAGCAGCCCGCCCUCGCCCACCAAGAAGGCCGCCACCCAGCUCAGCGCCAAGAUCUCGUCCAAAGUGGAAGAGGAGCGUAAGGACGAGUCGCCGGCGUCGUGGCGCCUGGGCCUGCGCAAGACUGGCAGCUACGGGGCGCUGGCGGAGAUCACGGCCGCCAAAGAGGCGCAGCGGGAGAAGGACGCCACCACGGGAGUGAUGCGCUCCGCCUCCAGCCCGCGCCUCUCCUCCUCGCUGGACAACCGAGACAAAGACAAGGAGAAGGACAAGGGAACGCGGCUGGCCUACGUGGCGCCGACCAUUCCCAGGAGGCUGGCCAGUACGUCGGACAUCGACGAGAAGGAAAACAGGGACUCGACCGCACUGAACCGCAGCGGCUCGUACACCCGGCGGCGCUGGGACGACGACACCAAGAACAGCGAAGGAAGCGGCACCACCAACAGAACCUCCAGCUACCAGCGAAGCACGUCCCACACGCUAGCGCUAGGGCGGAGCGGCAGCACGCGGGACGUGCCGGCCAAGUCUUCGUCCACCUCCAGCUUGGACCCUAACACCUGUAACACUAAACCCUGGCAGCCGCCCGCCUCCCACUACCAGUCGUACAGCAUUUACCGCAGCGGCUCUUUCGGCAGACGACACGACGACUUGAGCUCCUCGACGACCACCCCCACCUCGGCCGCCUCCUCCUCUUCCUCCACAACUACCACCACCUCAUCAUCGGUUACCUCACCCUUGGGCCACCGCGGCGGCCUGCUCUCCGGCCUGGGCUCCGCCUCCACCCGCACUGGCUCCACCAGUCUCACCAGCAGGUACUGGUCAGAGGAGAGUGCCGAGCGGGAAAAGGACAAGGAGCGCGAGUCGGCCGCGGUCAUCCCCACCGUAAACACCGGCUCCACCAUCCCCGCCAUCGGCACGGGCCCCGAACGGCGCAGGUCGUACCUGACACCCGUACGAGACGAGGAGUCGGAAUCGCAGAGGAAAGCUCGCUCCCGACAGGCCCGCCAGUCGAGGAGGUCCACCCAGGGCGUCACUCUGACCGACCUGCAAGAGGCCGAGAAGACCAUCGGCAGGAGUCGCACCCCAAAGAGCCGCGAGGAGGAGAAGCAGGACAAGGAGAAGCAAGAGGAGAAGGAGUACGAAUCCAAGGAGGAUGACUACCGGCCAAAGUACCGCAGCUUUGAAGACCGCUACCGCAGCACCUCGUCCUCCAUCUCCACGCUCGGCACCGCCUCGGCCUCGUCGUACUCGGGAGCCGCGCCGACCUCCGGCUCCGGCUGCCUCAACAGGCCCAACAGCCUGACGGGCAUCUCCUCCUCCUACGGCCGCUCCUCCAGGGACACCGAGAAAGAAGCGGACAAAAAGGAAGAGGAGAAGGAAGGCGACGACAAGUCCCAGCCUCGCUCCAUCCGGGAUCGCAGGCGGCCGCGCGAGAAGCGGCGAUCCACCGGCGUCUCCUUCUGGACCCAAGAUGGCCAUGACAACGAGCCCGAGCAGCAAUCCGACUCGGAGGACGGCAGCAUCAAGGGAGAAGCCCAGGUGGACAGGUUGUCCAGAAACGGCAGCGGCACCACGGCGUCCUCCUUGGACCGCAACGACUUGCUGCUCAGCCGCAGCUACGGCGAGAGUCGCAGGACGUACUCCAGCCGGCUGGACAGAGACGACGCCACCGACUACAAGAAGCUCUACGAGCAGAUCUUGGCCGAGAACGAGAAGCUGAAGGCGCAAUUACGCGACACGGACCUGGAGCUGGCUGACUUGAAGCUGCAAUUGGAAAAAGCCACACAGAGGCAGGAACGCUACGCCGACAGGUCGCAGCUUGAGAUGGAGAAAAGGGAAAGACGAGCGCUCGAAAGGAAAAUUUCUGAGAUGGAGGAGGAACUCAAGAACCUCCCCCAGACGCUCCCCGACUUGAAAGCGGACAACCAGAGGCUAAAGGACGAGAACGGGGCGCUCAUUCGAGUCAUUAGCAAGCUUUCCAAGUAGAGCAGACCCCCACCAAGACCCCCACCGCCACCAACCUCCUCCUCUCUAGCCCCCUCUGCCAGUGACUAAUGGAAUUGCACAUUUAGAUUGAAUUGCAAGAGACAUCAGACUUUUUUUUUUUUUUUCUCCAUCCCCACCGUUUACAAGCCGACGUCUAUUUAACCAGUAAGCCUUAGUUGUACAUAAAAAGGAACGCUCUUGAGGAACAAUUGUUAUUAUUAUUAUUAUUGUUAUUAUUAUUAUUAUUACAAUUAACACCUGAUUUUAUUUGUGCCACGCCGCCUUUUACUUCCUCCUGUUGUAAGUGUGUUGUUCCCUUUUUCUUCCUCCCCCUGAGAAGGGUCAAUUCCUUUUUUUUUUUUUUUUUUUCUCCUCACGCGUGCAGUCACUCACACAGACGCGCACACCGAUCACCAUCCCCUCCCCGUUUUCAUUUGACCUCCAAGAGGGAAAGAAAAACAAAAAGAAAUCUCGAGGCGGACCAGGUGGAAUUUAAGCUUUCACUGAAUGUGCAAUAUGCAUUAUUAUCGUUUUUGUUUGACGCUUUAAUGACAUCACUUGGUUAGUCGGAUGUGUCACUCUUCUUCCACUCCCGCCCUCGUUUUUUUGGCUUGUAGUGUUAGUUGGUUUAUACUCUGUAUUUGUCACCUUGUUUUAGGAGGUGCCGAGUGUAAAUACACACGUGCGUAUAUGUAAUAUAUGUAUGCGUGUGUGUAUUUACAUAAGGCUGUAUGUUUGAGAGCAGCACAUGCUGAGUCUGUUACUAUUAAAAGUAUACCAAUUCCACACAGGACAAGCAGGUGUCUUUUUCUUUCCAUUGUAUUUUUUUUUUUUCGAUUAUGAAAGGCAAAAAGUGUCAGGUUUCAAAGCGGGACUGCCGACAGUGUUUUGUUUUUUUCUUCAAAGAAAGUGUUGGCAAAAACUGCUUGACCCCAUUUCACUUUCUUUGUUUUCACUAACUUGGAUGAGUGCUUUUCUGUUUUUCGUUAACAUUUAGUGUUCUAGCCAACGACUCUCAGACUCCGUUUUACAAAAAGUCUAUGUGCACUGUCGACACCGCGAGUCCAAAACACACCAUUGAAAUAUUCCACGCCAACCUUGAUGUAUUUCAGUGGCCUUUUUAUUAUUAAGCAUAUUUUAGUCGAAGAGGAAAAAAGUAAGUCACUGCAAAUAGACUGAGAAUGAUGACCAUCUACUCUGGUUGAGUUUUAUUCUUUGUUUUUUUGUUUUGUUUUUUUCUUGUAAAAUAGGUGUGUGGCUUAACACAUGCAAGCUGUGCUGUGACUACCAACCACUGAAGAGUUCAUUAAAAUAAACUUGUACAUUGUAAAGUUCA